UUUGUCACUCUGGUCACACGCACUACUGUCAACCCCUGUCGGCAUCGCUCUGUCGUUGCAAAAAAGAAUUUAAAAUGCAUUUUCCGAGGAAUAUUGUGCGCGGAUCGCUUCGCGGCGGGCGGCCCAUGCGUGGGGGCAUACGUCCGCCAUUUAAGAAAACAUUUGUUCCUCGCCAUCCAUUCGACUUGACGCUGGCCGAGGUCUUUUUCCCCAAAGUAGCCGCGACGGUAGAUGAUUCUGCGCUGACUGCGGCCUUGCUGAAGCGUAACCAGGACUUGAGCCCCACUGCCACCGAAAUGACAGCAAUUGGUAAUUUGGUAACCAAAGUUCAGGCUGUCCUGGAUAACCUUGUUGUUGCCCCUGGCGAUUUCAAUACAUGUCAACUGGAAGAGGUGCGCCAAGUGGGGUCCUUCAAGAAGGGUACCAUUCUCACCGGUAACAAUGUGGCUGACAUUGUGGUCAUCUUGAAGACGUUGCCAACGAAGGAGGCGGUCGAGGCUCUGUCGAAAAAGGUGGAGGCCGACCUGAAGACAAGCAUGAAGACUGAAGUGCUUACCAAGGGGGACCAACACACAAUUCAGACGCACUUGCGAGGCUUUGAUGUGUCCAAUGUCCAGGCCAAGGUGCGCAUUAUGAUUGCCACUUUGCCGCAGAACUUGCGCAAGCUGGAGGCGGACAUACAUAUGGACCACAAGCUGAUGCAGAACCAUCUGGCUGCUAUCCGGCAUACUCGUUGGUUCGAGGAGAAUGCCCACCACUCGUCAAUUAAAGUCCUCAUACGCAUUCUCAAGGAUCUCACCAAGCGUUUUGACGCCUUCUCCCCGCUCUCCGCUUGGAUGCUCGACUUGAUAGCUCACUUGGCAAUUAUGAACAAUCCAUCGCGCCAGGCUCUACCCAUUAAUCUGGCCUUCCGUCGCGUUUUCCAACUGCUCUCCGCUGGACUGUUCCUGCCCGGGUCGGCAGGCAUUACUGAUCCAACAGAGCCUGGACACAUACGUGUCCACACUGCAAUGACAUUGGAACAGCAGGACCUCUGCUGCUACACUGCCCAGACUUUGCUACGUGUUUUGACUCAUGGCGGCUACAAGCACAUUCUCGGCUUGGAGGGAAACACCAGCAUAGUACGCGAAAUGUCAGUGUGGAAUGGAGUGUGCGUGUCACCCCUGACUGCCGUUUAUGAGAAGCCAACGGACAAGAAAGAGGGCGAUCUGGAGGAGGACAUUGAGAUGAUCGAAAAUGAGAACGAGGAUGAAGGCAGCGAGGAUGGAGCCGAAUAGAGCAGCGAAUAUGACUAGUUUUUAGACAUGUAUUUAAAAAUUGCACACGCUUUAUUGUGUGCUAGAGUAUUGACUUAAAACUUUACUAUGUUCCCGGUUAUGGGUUCAUCCUCAUA